GCCAAGCGUGUGAACGUGAUUUUCUUCUUCGCCUUGUUUUGUUUUUGCUUUCGGUUACUUAGCCAAGCGUCGCGUACUACAUUUGCCAUUUAGUUAUUCUGUGAACUGCUAGCAGGAAGUGUUCAUGAAAUAUAAAUCGGCCGAAGAUAAAACGGCAACGGCAUCAGCAAUAGCAACGACAACAGUAUCAACGUUAAAUAAAUUAAAAACUCAUAAAAGGGAAUUAAGGUGGCAUAUCUGCGCAUGUGUACGCAUGCAUACAACGCUGUGUGUGUAUGUGUGUGGUGCGUUGCAGUGAAAUACAAUUCAGCGCUGAGGUGAUGUGUGCAUUUAGAAAUGUAACAAAGUUGGUGAAAUUCAUAUUUUGUUGUUUUUUUUCAUUCCAAGUGAAAUGCGUGAAAUCUAUAAUUAAUUGGCAGGUAGAGCACCAGAACAACACAAAACAUCACGUCCAAGUGAACACACAACAAAACAGUGCAACAAUUGCAAUAUCUCUUAACUGAAAAAAGGUACAUUUGCGCAAAGAAAGUGUUAAUAAUAAAGCAAUAAUAAUUAAACGCCAGCCACCCGACAGCGUCAACAGCUGGAGCACACAGCGGUAAUCACAGUAAUCGGUCGACACAAUGGAAUAUAUAAAUAUGGAUAAGCGAUUUAAAAUCUCGAAAACGUUAAUUACAAAUAUCAUUUUUCUAUUGGUCUUCAUCGUUGCGAUCAGUGCACAAACUGCGGGUUUCGGUUUUGAUUCCGCCAACUCGUGCAGCACACAAGGCGCUAAACUUUCCCGUCGUGGCAGAGCACAGAUGUUAGCCACCAUACCCUGCGAUCUGACACGGCAAGCUUACUGUCAUCUACCUGGCUCGGCAUAUCCUUGGCAUGCGGUACGUCGUUUUGUGCACGAAAACCAUGGGCUAAUGAAACGCAUGUAUGGUGAUGUGAAACAUAUUUCGGUGUUGCGCGAUGAGAUACUCAACAAUGAGAUCGAUGUGGAUGAUGUUGAAGUGGCCGCCGAGCGUUACUCGAAAGAGCCGCAUAGAGCACGAGCGGCCAAAUACAUGCAAGCUCCGCGGGAGGAAUAUGCCAGUAUUAAAAACAAUGAUGUAGUGAUGGAACCGCAUUUUCGACCGGUCUCCACAACAACAUCCGCGCCAGACGAAAUAAAAGAUGAAACUGGCAGUACAACCAGUGAGGCUACCGUAGUAGAAGCGAAAAUGGAAGCCGAAGAGCGACCAGUGAAACCUCCGAACAGCGCACUAAGACGUAGAAUUAACGGCAAUUCGAAUGGUGGUGGACAUAGACGGCGAGUCAAUGUUUAUGUUAACCGUAAUAGACCGACACAUUCGUCGUUACGCCGACGCACGACUACAACAACUACCACAGAAGCACCGCCGUCGCUAGUAGAAAAUGUAGAACAACCCGAGUUUUUAAUACACGAAGAAACUAUACUUGAAAUACCCGAAGACGAUGGUAAUCUCGCAUCGAAUAGUGUCUAUGAAAUACCCACACUACAGGACGCAACAAUACACAGAGGGGAUAACAUACAGAUUAUCGAAUCACCACAACUCGGACAAAUGCAAAAACCCCUGACUGAAGAAAAAAAUAAUUCCGAGACAGCUACCAUAUCGACCACACUUAAGGUGGUUUCCACGCCUGCCACGAAGAUGCGACCGGCGGGCGGUGCAAUACCGGCCUCACCGGCGCCGGUGGCGCCCACACCACUCCAACAACAACUGAAAUCACAAGUGGAACGUCAACGACCUGGCCAACAGCCAUCACAAAAGCUCAAACUGCAACAAGUUAAUAAACCGCAGCCGACAAAUGCCGAUACGAGCGGCAUAAAAGAAAGUUCGAUAUUAAAAUCAAAACCAACCAACGAAAGUGAACGUACACAAACCGCCACGGCAAUAGCACCCGUGUACAACAACAAUAACAGUGCCGGUACACAACCGCUGAAAGCGGCGAACGACGAUACAGACAUCACAACGGACGCCGAUAAUGGGGCGACGCUGUCAAGCAUUGGCGCUACGAACGCCGCCGCAACGGACGUCACAACAACCGUGACGGCAACAGCGACGGCAACCGCAACAUUGGCAAACAACUCACAGCUAAAACAUGAACUCACUAAAAACAAAAAUCAACAUAUUGACGGUGAGAAUAAAGCCGAACUGCCGGCAGCAGCGACAACAGUCGAGCAAACACCACCAACCACAGUCGCAACGAAGCUCACAUCUACACAAGCCGAACUAUCUUCGGCUGCUAAGACUACAAGCUCACCAAGUAUCUCACCACCACCGUCAGCGCCACACACUGAACUGUUAGCCGGUGAGAAAAUUCAGAGACCACAGCUGGCGCCGCAACGAGCACCGCAAGCUACUCCAGCGCAGACUACUCCAGUCAGUGCUUCAGCGGCUGCGUCAACGAAACCAGUGCUACGCGACGGCCAAUUGUAUCAAGAUGCGCUGAAGCAAGAGGUGAAACCGGCUCCCAAUAUGCGCGGCAUUAAUGCCUGCCCUGUAAAAGAGGAGGUGGUCGCACCGUUUUGGGCCAACAACACACGCGGCGAAGUCUUGGCUCUCCUAAAUCUCUACCCCUUCGAGCAGUAUGUGCAUUGGGAAAAAUGCACGCAUGAAAAUCGGCAGAUGUAUUGUCGCGAGGGUUGCCGCUGUGAACAACAAUAUCGACUACAUCGUUUGUUAGCCUACGAUCCGCACAAUGAAUGUCGCGGCAUUUUCUCUGAUUGGUUUCGUUUUCCCUCAUGCUGUAUCUGUAAAUGCUAUGGCAUACCGUCGGAGUUUCGCGCCACAUCGCGUAGUCCGCGUUCCGAACGUAUGGAUGAUUUUGAGACUGUGCCGGAAGAAAGCGAUUUCGACGAUGUUAAUGAUGGCGCGCAAGCAGAAGAUUCAAUGGAAUCGGUGGAAGACCAACACACGCAACAUCCGCUUGAUGUCGCUGAGCAGUUGGUGAGACAAGCGAUCUACGAACAUGCAACCGAAGAUUGGUAUCGACCGAAGGAUGAAUUCGAUUUGUAUGAAGUUUCUAGGAAAUCAUACUACUGGAGUUUUGUGGGGAUGAGUUAAAGUGAGUCGAAAAUUAGCUGAGAAAAUAAAUGGUUCGAAAAGUAAAAAGUAAGGGGAAAGGACAAUAAAAUUUUGGAUGCCAAUUUA